AUGUAUGAGUUGGUUGAUAUUGAAAAUGAAAAUACUCUGUUAAAACCUGGUAAUAUUCCACAUUCAGUAGGGACUUUAAUUUAUAAUUCAAAACAACCUCUUGCACAUGGUGUGAUUCCAAAUAAUAGUAAGACAUUAAAUAUUACAGAAUAUGAUUUCAAUCAUAUAUUGGAAAAAGGAGUAAUACCAGAAUCAGUUGAAAGUGUAUCAUUAAAUCAUGGAUAUAAUAAUCCAAUAACUGGUUCACUCCCUUCCUCUUUGAAAAUAUUGGAAUUUGGAAAUGAAUUUAACCAAAUUUUAAAACCAGGAGAUAUUCCCAACAGUGUUGAAUUUUUAAAAUUGGGUGAUCAAAUUAAUCAACCAUUAUUUAAUAUAAUUCCCCCAAAUGUAACAAAUUUAGAAUUUGGAUUUUAUUUUAAUCAAAAAUUAGACAAUGAAACAAUUCCACCCAAUGUAAAAACAUUAAAACUUGGUAAUGAUUUCGACAUGUGUUUAUUAAACUCUUCAAUUCCAAAAAGUGUUACAUCUCUAGCAUUUAAUUCAAUAACAAGUCUUACAUUUGGUGCAAAAUUUAAUCAACAAUUAAGAUCCCUUCCUAAAUUAUUAAAACAAUUAAAAUUUGGUACUGAUUUCAACCAAAUAUUACUACCUGGUGUACUUGGUGAUGAAAUUGAAAACCUUAUCUUUGGAAAUGAUUUUAACCAACCACUUGGUAUUUUAGGUCGAAUAUUACCUCAUUCGAUAAAGACUUUAUCAAUUUCCAGAAAUUAUACACCAAUUAUUCAUAACUCAUUUUCAAAAAUAUCAAUUAUUAAAAACUAA